AUGGUUCAGAAACUUGACCAGAAGCUGCCUGUAGCCAACGAGUACCUGCUGCUUUCAGGCGGUGUGCGGGAAGGUGUGGUGGACAUUGAUCUCGAUGAGCUGAAUGUUUAUGCACGAGGCACAGACUAUGACAUGGACUUCACCCUGCUUGUGCCCGCACUGAAGCUGCAUGACCGCAACCAACCAGUCACGCUGGACAUGCGCCACUCGGCUUUGUGCCACUCCUGGCUGAGCCUGCGUCUGUUUGAUGAAGGAACUAUCAGCAAAUGGAAGGACUGCUGCACAAUCGUGGACCAUAUCAAUGGAGCUACCAAUUAUUUCUUCUCUCCAACAAAAGUUGCAGACUGGUUCUAUGACUCCAUUAGCAUUGUCCUCUCUGAGAUCCAGAAAAAGCCUCAGCGAGGGAUGCCAAAGGUGGAGAAGGUAGAAAAGAAUGGGACUAUCAUAUCCAUCAUUUUGGGAGUGGGCAGCAGCCGCAUGCUGUAUGACAUUGUCCCUGUGGUGUCCUUCAAAGGUUGGCCAGCUGUGGCCCAGAGCUGGCUGAUGGAGAACCACUUCUGGGAUGGGAAGAUCACAGAGGAGGAAGUCAUAAGUGGGUUUUACUUAGUGCCUGCGUGUUCCUACAAGGGGAAGAAGGACAAUGAAUGGAGGCUGUCAUUUGCCAGAAGUGAAGUGCAGCUGAAAAAGUGCAUCUCCAGCAGCCUCAUGCAAGCCUAUCAGGCCUGCAAAGCUAUCAUCAUCAAAUUGCUGUCCCGCCCCAAAGCCAUUAGUCCGUAUCACUUGCGGAGCAUGAUGCUGUGGGCUUGCGACAGGCUACCAGCCAACUACUUGGCCCAGGAGGAUUACGCAGCCCAUUUCCUCCUGGGUCUCAUUGAUGAUCUCCAGCACUGCUUGGUCAACAAGAUGUGCCCUAACUAUUUCAUCCCCCAGUGCAACAUGCUGGAGCAUCUCUCUGAAGAAACCGUCAUGCUGCAUGCGCGGAAGCUGUCCUCAGUCCGCUCAGACCCUGCUGACCCCCUUCGAACUGCCAUUGAACAUGUCAAAGCAGCCAACCGGCUAACACUAGAGCUCCAGCGGCGGGGCAGCACCACCAGCAUCCCCUCCCCGCAGUCAGAUGGAGGGGACACCAACCAGCCUGAUGACAGAUUAGCCAAAAAGUUGCAACAGCUAGUGACUGAGAACCCCGGGAAGUCCAUCUCCGUCUUCAUUAACCCAGAUGAUGUCACUAGGCCCCACUUCAGAAUUGAUGAUAAAUUUUUCUGAGCUUUUGUCAAUGUUUCUUGGGAUUUUUUUCUUUUGUUUUGUUUUUAAAAACUCUUGCAGUGUGCAGGUUUUUUCGUUUGGUUUUCCUUGAUGACUUAGUCUCUUGUUUUUUACAUAUCCAGCGUAGAUUGGAUCUGUUGAGAGCAAUCUGAAUAAAUUAUAAUUCCUGGUUCUGCAGGACGGUGCAGAUUUUGAAACAGUAUAUUACUAUUUCAUAUGCUGCUUUGAUUUUUUUUCACCCACCGAGCCCCAUUGUCUGUGAGUAGUUUCUAAAGGAGAACAUGCACCGUAAACACA